UCACUGUCACCGUCAGGAUGGGAGUCCCAGCUUCUGGAAACGGGGUUCCUGGGGAUUUUCCUGUGCCCUCUUUGGACUCUGUCUCGACUGCCCAGGAAGACCCCCACGUCCCGGAUCGUUCUGUGGGGCUUUCGGUGGCUGAUUUUCAGAAUCAUGCUCGGAGCAGGCCUGAUCAAGAUCCGGGGGGACCAGUGCUGGCGAGACCUCACCUGCAUGGACUUCCACUACGAGACGCAGCCGGUGCCCAACCCCACGGCCUACUUCCUGCACCGCUCCCCAUGGUGGGUCCACCGCUUCGAGACCCUCAGCAACCACUUCCUGGAGCUUGUGGUGCCCUUCUUCCUCUUCCUCGGACGGCGGAUGCGCAUCCUCCAUGGCGCCUUACAGAUCUUCUUCCAGGUGGUCCUCAUCGUCAGUGGGAACCUGAGCUUCCUGAACUGGCUGACCAUCGUGCCCAGCAUCGCCUGCUUCGAUGACGCCACCCUGGGGUUCUUAUUCCCCUCCGGGCCUGGCAGCCUCAAGGACCGAGUCCUCAAGAUGCAGAAGGAGGAAGCCCGGGAGGCCGGGCCCACGCCGACGUACGGCUGCAUGGUGCGGCAGGCGGCCAACCUGGCACUGGGUGUCCUGGUCGCCUGGCUCAGCAUCCCCGUGGUCCUCAACUUGCUGAGCCCCAAGCAGGUCAUGAACAGCUCCUUCAACCCCCUCAGGAUCGUCAACACAUACGGAGCCUUCGGAAGCAUCACCAGGGAGCGAACAGAGGUCAUCCUGCAGGGCACGGCCAGCCCCAACGCCAGCGCUCCGGACGCUGUGUGGGAGGACUACGAGUUCAAGUGCAAGCCGGGUGACCUGAGGAGACGGCCAUGCCUCAUCUCCCCCUACCACCACCGCCUCGACUGGCUCAUGUGGUUCGCAGCCUUCCAGACCUACGAGCAGCACGAGUGGGUCAUCCACCUGGCGGGCAGGCUCCUGGCCAAUGACGCCGAGAUCCUGUCCCUGCUGGCCUUUAACCCCUUUGCGGACAAGGCCCCCCCCAGGUGGGUCAGGGGCGAGCACUACAGGUACAAGUUCAGCCGCCCCGGGGGCCUGCACGCCGCAGAUGGCAAGUGGUGGAUCCGGAAGAGGAUCGGCCCCUACUUCCCUCCACUCAGCCUCCGGAACCUGAAGGGCUACUUUAGGUCACGGGAGUGGCCGUACCCAGCACCGGAAUAGAGGGACCCAGGGCCUGUCCACCAAGAAAUAAAGUGGGAAGACAUUA